CAGACACAGAAUACCUCUACCUCUACCUCUAGCUACCUGGUUAAUUUCAGAUAGUCGAUAAGAGGAGAAGAUGGAGAACUCAUCAUCAGCUAUUGUUGUUUCUAACCCUGAAACAAAGAUCAGCAAAAAGGAAAUGUAUCGGCCAUGGUCUGAACUCACAGAUCCAAUUAUUGAGGUGAUCUAUAGUGAUCUGGAUUUCAUAGAUAAAUUCCGGAUGGCAUCGGUCUGUAUCUCGUGGAGAAAUGUUGCUCCGUGGUUCGCGAGACGCCGUCCUCAGCAGCUAAUUCCAUGGCUACUCUUCUUUCAUGAUGCACCAACGGAAGCUCUUGUUCUUCUCAACCUUCCAGAGAAUAUGGUCCACCAAAUAAGAAUACCCCGGAUCAAUAUGAAACUAUGCUGUGGUUCCUCAGAAGGUUGGUUGUUUAUGUUGGAUGAUGCACGGGAAAACCAUUGCUUCUUAUUGAAUCCAUUCACCAAAGCAAGAAUCCAACUUCCACCUCUCAGUAUUGAUCCGCCGAAUGCUAUUCGUAAGGUGAUCUUAUCUUCUGAUCCUAGGAUCAAUGAAGAUUGGAUGGUUGUUGUGCACUUAACAAUCCAUGGUCUAGUCUUCUGCAAAUCAGGUUACAGUUCAUGGUCCACUGGGCCACCAAGGAACAGAUUUUGGUAUCCUUAUGAUGAUAGGGACAUCAUAUUUUUUGAAGGAAAAGUUUAUGCUCUUGGUAUGUUGCAUUCACUAUGGAUUUUUGAUAUGGAACCUCAAAAAUACAUCCUCAAGGGUUCUGCAGUUGCUCCAUCCUAUGAUCUUUAUCGCAACACUGAUCCUGUCGACGACGGGUAUAUUAGCUAUUUGGUGGCAUCAGAUGGUGAUGUAUUUCUGAUUUCGAGGUUCUUGAAGAACAUCAGGAAGCCUUGCACUGCCUGUGAAAGCUUGUCCACUGAGUGCAUUGAAUGCCAAGCUGCAAUUAACCAUUAUGUAACCCUAAAUUUUCUGGUAUACAAGUUGAAAGAGAACAAUGAUAGAAGAAGAAGGACAGAAUAUGUCUGGGCCAGACAAUCAAGUCUGGGAGUCAAUCGAGCACUGUUUCUAAGCAAAAGGGGUUCUACAUCAGUCUCAACUAUUGAGACCCCGGGGCUGCAUGGUAAUUGCAUUUACUUUACAAAUGAUCUGCAUCCAGAAACAACUAAGUCUUGUGAUAUAGGUAUCUACAAUUUAGAGGAUGACCAGAUCGAACGCCUUAUUCAGUUGGAUUCCUAUCCUUUAGAGUUUCCUUUAAUUUGGAUCACACCCUCAAUUUGAGUACUUGGAGGGUUAGAGUUUUACUAUGCCUUCGCUUUCUCUAAGUAUAGAUGAAUUUUAUGGUAAAGACUUAUUUACUUGAAGGAUCUUCUUAGCGUUGCAUGCUGUGUGCAGUGUGUUGUGUGUUGUUAAUGCCUUAUUAUUACUUUUUUUCA